ACUGAUGUUAGACAACUUCUACUCAAGUAGAAAUAUUUGUCCUGUGUUUGUUUUACGCGUCUCUUCCCUUGACACCACGCAGCCCGGUACGUUAAAGUCGUUCGGCCUGCAGCUAACGUUGCUUAAAGUUGUUUUCACGUUGUGUUUACGACACGCGGUGCGAUACGCGGUGCGAUGUUGAGCCCCAAGCUGCUGACCCUGGUGCUGGUGGUGCAGCCCGGCCGGGUGCUGCUGGGCAUGAAGAAGAGGGGCUUCGGGGUCGGGAAGUGGAACGGCUUCGGGGGCAAAGUUCAGCCCGGAGAGGGCAUCGAAGAGGCCGCGAGGAGGGAACUGCAAGAAGAAAGUGGGCUCACAGUGGACGCUCUCCAGAAGGUCGGAAACAUAAAGUAUGAGACCGUCGGAGAAAAGCAGCUGCUGGACGUCCACGUUUUCAGGGCGGAUGCUUUCAACGGAGACCCGACAGAGUCCGACGAGAUGAGGCCUCAGUGGUUCGAUUGUGAUCAAAUUCCCUUCAGUGAAAUGUGGGCGGAUGACAUCAUGUGGUACCCUCUGUUGCUGCAGAAGAAGAAGUUUGUCGGAUACUUUAAGUUCCAGGGCCACGAGGUGAUCCUCAGCCACACACUGGAAGAGGUGGACGAGGUCUGAGAUGAUAAUGUGGCCGGUGGUGACACUGUUUAUGAGUCGGACCAAAAAUGAUCAGCUGUAGAUAUCAAGCACUGAAGAUAUUCAUCUGUAGAAUGUUCUUGUUCACUUCGUUUGUGGGAGGAAACAAGUUCCUUACUACUUUCAAAAACUGUUUAAACUGAAGAUUCCAUGUUUACACAUCUGUUAUUAUUCUAUCAUGUAUUCAUAUCAAAUAAUUAAAUAAUAAUAAAUGCACA